GAGGCGUGCCCACUGGCACCUGCCACUCAGUUAUUCAUCCACCAGCGUCAUGUUUGGAAGAGCUGUUUUCCUGGGACUUCUGCUUCUCUGCGUCACUGCAGAUGCAGUGGACACGUUUGGAUCCAUGAGACAGCCCUCUUGUGACAACAUGGACGAGUUUCGGGCGUGCCCUCUUAACCUCGCUCCUGUGUGUGGCAGCGAUGGAAACACUUAUGCCAACGAGUGCACCCUCUGUGCGGAAAGAGAUGUUACCAAGUUGGACAUCUGGAUUGUCAAGGAGGAAAGCUGCUGAUAUCAUUGUCAAGAGACAUUGUCAGAUGCCAAAAACCUGUCUAAGAAUGACAUGAACGAUCUUAAAUUCUGUUUUUGUCGUUGCUAUGAAUAAUAAAUUUCAAUCAUCAGUG